AUGUCCAAUGCCAUCGACAUCUUCGGCCGCGGCAGCCCCGUCCAGACGGCGCAUCCAGGCCCCAGCUCGUGCACCCAGAAGAUCUGCAGCGCCCAGGGCUGCGUCGACAACAGCGUCACCUUCCUCUGCAUGUCCAUCGUCAAGCCCGCCUAUGACAUCUCCUUCCUGGGCCGCACCAUGCGCUGCGACGCCAUCGGGGCGAACCCCUCGUACCCUUACCUCAUGUGCGACUGCGAGUGGGACCCCGUCAACUGUCUGGACAGCGGCGUCAAGAGCCAGUUCGGGCCCCCGAGUACCAGCGUCGCCGGGCUAACGGGCUACGUCGCCGACACCACCGUGAUUGGGGGCACAACUGCUGCUGGAGGUGCAACAAAGACGUCGACGACGGCAGUGCCGACCAGCACUUCCGGCGGCUCGGGGUCUUCUGGAUCCUCUGGAUCAGGAGGCUCCAGCGGCGGUUCCGGGAGCACACACGGCGGUGCUGCGGCCAGUGUAUACCAUGAGCGCAUCAGCAUUGUAAAGAUGUUGUCUCUAGCUCUCUGUGUUGGUGUCUUCCUCAUAUUGUAG